UCAAAUACUCCAGGGUCGAGUACUUCAGAGGGCGCAUGCGGCAACCUUGGUUUUGCUCUCGCGAGGUUUCGUCUUCCCGGAAGUGGCGGAGGACGGUCCUCGAGAACGGCGUCGGGAUGUGUGGGGGCUGUGUGGAGAAGGAGUAUCCGAAUCGGGGUAACAUCUGCCUGGAAAAUGGAUCUUUCUUGCUGAACUUUACAGGCUGUGCAGUGUGCAGUAAGCGGGAUUUUAUGCUGAUCACCAACAAAUCUUUGAAAGAGGAAGAUGGAGAAGAAAUAGUUACCUAUGAUCAUCUGUGUAAGAAUUGUCAUCAUGUAAUAGCCAGGCACGAGUACACAUUCAGUAUCAUGGAUGAAUUUCAGGAGUACACCAUGCUCUGUCUGUUAUGUGGCAAAGCUGAAGAUACUAUCAGUAUUCUCCCCGAUGACCCUCGACAAAUGACUCUGUUAUUCUAAGGAUCCUCUGCAGUUCUGUAGUUAACUGUGUUGUGUUGGUUUAUAAUACAGCAAGCCUCAUGGUUUGUCUUACUUCAUUUAUAAUGGGAAUUAUUUUGCAUUUUUUUUCCUGCUUACACUUAACUAUUCUUUGAAAGAAAAAAUAAUUUAGGGGAUUAUGUUCUUCUGCUGAGCUCUUCUGCUAAAGUUCUCAGUUCACAUCAGAGUGUAGAAUCUCUGUUAGAAGUUAUGUGGCUAGAAAAUAAAACUAGAAUAGGAGUAUACCUAAUGCCCAGAUCUUUUGGGUAAUAGGAGUAUACCUAAUGUCCAGGGUUCCUUGGAGAAUGAUUGAUUCCAGGACUAGGACAGUGACUGUACAAAAUAAGCUUGAAGCAUUUUGUGUCAAAAGAAAAGUGCCCCCCAAAAUCCCCAAAACUCUCCCCCCCAAAACCCCAUAAGACACAAUGACUGGGAGUAUGUCAAAGGGACAAAAGGGCUAACAAAAGGGGCUCCCAGUGACUGAAGUUGGAAUAGCUUCAGCAAUAAAGUAAAGUAGUACUGAGUUAUAACCCAAACACUAAAUAUCCAUGAGUCCUUACUGACAGAGCUAAAUGAUUGAAUCAAGAAAUAUGUAGAUUAGAAGAAUAGACAUGCAGAAGAAUUUCAAAUAAUAUAUGUAGAUACUCCCCACUCCUUAAGGGUGGGUUAUGCACAGCAAUUUCCUUCCAAAGAGUAGAGUAUGCAGAGGGAGAAAAGUAACUUUACAGUGGAAGAACCAGACAAACACUAGCUCAACCAAAUGACCAAAAUUAGCAUCCUCAAUGAUAAUCCUAUUGAUAAUGGCAUGUGCCCUUGAUUUGAUGUGCUGAAAGCAUACUUUACCUUUGUGGUCUCACUCCCCCAAACCCAUAACCCCAGUCUAAUCAUAAGAAAAAUAUCAGAGAAAUCGCAGUUGAGGGCCAGCUUUCAAAAUAACUGAUCAAUACUCCUCAAAAUUGUCAAGGCCAUAAAGACAAGUCUGGGAAACUCGCACAGCCAAAAAGAGUGUAAAGAGACCUGAAAACUAAAUGUAACGAAGUGUCCUGGGACAGAAAAAGGACAUUUGGUUAAAACCAGCAAAAUAUCUAUGGGGUGCCUGGGUGGCUCAGGGGGUUAAUGCCUCUGCCUUUGGCUCAGGUCAUGAUCCCAGGGUCCUGUGAGUGAGCCCCGCAUCAGGCUCUCUGCUCAGCAGGGAGCCUACUUCCCUUUCUACCUCCUUGUGAUCUCUGCCUGUUGGGUAAAUAAAUAAAAUCUUAAUAAAAAAACAAAAACCAAAAAUCAGCAAAAUCUGAAUAAAGAGUGGACUUUAAUUACUAGAAGUAAAUAGAAUCACAUCAACUGCUCCAAAGAGAUCUUAAAAUAUCUCACCUUGUAUAGUUGAAAGAACACCGGCUUGGGUGUUGGAAACCUUGGCACUUAGGUCUCUCUGCCAUUUGGUAGCAGUAUGACCAUUAAGCAAAACAUAACUCCAGUCUUUAGGUUCCAUGUCUAUUAGAUUGGGCUAGUAAAAACUGAUAUUUUACUUCCUUCAUAGUAUUGUUGGAAGAUCCAAAUGAAUAAUGAAUGUAAAAUGCUUUAAAAAGCAUUAUAAAGUACUAUAUGCUAAAAGAUGGGUUUGGUUAGUUCUUCUCAUUCUAAGACCAAAACUUCAAGGGUCAGACAUCAGAAAGAAAAUUGUUUCCUCUUCAUAUCCAAGAUGUUUGGAAAUUCUAAACUAAAGCUUUGCUUGUAAGGGAAAAAAGUGAGUAAAUGUUCAUUGUUGAUGCCAGGGAAGUUUUGUUAUAUAACAGGAAGAAGAAGAAUACUGCUGAGGUUUAUUAAGUACCUACUGUGUGUCUGGCCUUUUUAAACACUUAAUCCUCAUUAACAACUCCAUCAAGUAGUAGGUACUAUUGUUUUCCCAGUUUUAGCGCCAAAGGAACUGAACCACAGAGAUGUCAAGGAACUUACGGUCAGACAACUAGUACAGUGACUCUGUCUCAGCACUACUGUUCACGACAGAUGAAGUAUAGGGGUCUGGCGAGGUGAGGAAGAAGUUGAGAAUGUUGGCGACAACACUCUGAGGGAUCUAGGCCUGUCAGACCAAGAUCUGUUACUUAGAAAAGUUAAGUCAUCUAGGCCUUAGGGUUCAGUUGUAUUAUUCCUGGAAAAUGUUUUCCACUUUUCUGCAAAUCUAUAUCUGACCUGCUGAGGAAAUCGUUUGGUGAAAUGGAUCCAGAAAGCAGAGACAAUGCUUCAUUACUUUAAAUAGCAGCACUAAGCCCAUUAUAGCCUCUGAAUUGUCCCUUCUUGGAGUUCGCUAAUGCUUCCAGCUUAGUCAUUUGGAGCUCAAGAAUAUGAUUUUAUAAGCCCUAACUGACAAUCCUCGUCUAUUACAGGCUGUAUAAUUAUCUAUCUGUUUUGGACUAUAUAUUACUAAACUUAAAACACAAGAUCCUAUCCACAUUGGUCAUUAUUAAACCAACUUUGUGCUGUGUUUUGUGACACUAUUUUCUAGAAUUCUUCUACGGAUCUAAUCAAAUAAAGACUUCUUUUUUU